UGUACAGCGGCGGGCUCGUUCGGGGCCGUGGGGAGCCGGUCGGGGGAAGCGGCGGCAGCGGCUGCAGAGCUCGCGCGGGCGGCCAGGGGUCUCUGAGCACGGCGUGCGGCAGUGCCCGGAGAGGUUGGCGGACCAUGUCGGUCAGCGUCCAUGAGACCCGCAAGUCACGGAGCAGUACAGGCUCCAUGAACAUCACCCUCUUCCACAAGGCUUCCCACCCGGACUGCGUGCUGGCCCACCUCAACACGCUGCGCAAGCAUCGCAUGUUCACCGACGUCACACUCUGGGCAGGCGACCGUGCCUUCCCCUGCCACCGCGCUGUGUUGGCUGCCUCCAGCCGCUACUUCGAGGCCAUGUUCAGUCACGGCCUGCGGGAGAGCCGGGAUGACACGGUCAACUUCCAGGACAACCUGCACCCCGAAGUGCUGGAGCUGCUGCUGGACUUUGCCUACUCCUCCCGCAUCGUCAUCAACGAAGAAAAUGCGGAGUCACUGCUGGAGGCGGGCGACAUGCUACAGUUCCACGAUGUGCGGGACGCUGCCGCCGAGUUCCUGGAGAAGAACCUCUUCCCCUCCAACUGCCUGGGCAUGAUGCUGCUGUCGGACGCCCACCAGUGCCGCCGGCUGUACGAGUUCUCCUGGCGAAUGUGCCUGGUGCACUUUGAGACUGUGCGGCAGAGCGAGGACUUCAACAGCCUGUCCAAGGACACGCUGCUGGACCUCAUCUCCAGCGAUGAGCUGGAGACCGAGGAUGAGCGGGUAGUCUUUGAGGCCAUCCUCCAGUGGGUGAAGCACGACCUGGAGGAGCGGAAGGCCCACCUGCCUGAGCUCUUGCGCAGUGUGCGGCUGGCCCUGCUGCCAUCCGAUUGCCUGAAGGAGGCUGUCUCCGGCGAGGCCCUCCUCAUGGCGGACGAACGCACCAAACUCAUCAUAGAUGAGGCCCUCCACUGCAAGACCAAGAUCCUGCAGAAUGAUGGGGUGGUCACCAGCCCUUGCGCCCGGCCGCGCAAGGCAGGUCACACGCUGCUCAUCCUGGGGGGCCAGACCUUCAUGUGCGACAAGAUCUACCAGGUGGACCACAAGGCCAAGGAGAUCAUCCCCAAGGCAGACCUGCCCAGCCCCCGAAAGGAGUUCAGUGCCUCUGCAAUUGGCUGCAAGGUCUAUGUGACUGGAGGCAGGGGCUCAGAGAAUGGGGUCUCCAAAGACGUAUGGGUGUAUGACACUGUCCACGAGGAGUGGUCCAAGGCAGCGCCCAUGCUGAUCGCCCGCUUUGGCCAUGGCUCAGCCGAGCUGGAGAACUGUCUCUACGUGGUAGGGGGACACACGUCCUUGGCAGGCGUCUUCCCAGCCUCACCUUCAGUCUCCCUGAAGCAAGUGGAGAAAUAUGACCCUGGAUCCAACAAGUGGACGAUGGUGGCCCCACUGCGGGAUGGCGUCAGCAAUGCUGCAGUGGUGAGUGCCAAGCUGAAACUUUUUGUUUUCGGGGGGACCAGCAUCCACCGGGACAUGGUAUCCAAAGUCCAGUGCUAUGACCCCCCAGAAAACCGGUGGACGAUCAAGGCUGAGUGUCCCCAACCUUGGCGGUACACAGCUGCUGCUGUCCUGGGCAGCCAGAUCUUCAUCAUGGGAGGUGACACAGAAUUCACAGCUGCCUCAGCCUACCGCUUCGACUGUGAGACCAACCAGUGGACACGGAUCGGGGACAUGACCGCCAAGCGUAUGUCCUGCCACGCCCUGGCUUCAGGAAACAAGCUCUACGUGGUCGGGGGCUACUUUGGGACCCAGAGGUGUAAGACCCUAGACUGCUAUGACCCUACUUCGGACACGUGGAACUGCAUUACCACCGUGCCCUACUCACUCAUUCCCACAGCCUUCGUCAGCACCUGGAAGCACCUGCCGGCGUGAGGAGCACCUGCAGAGCCCGGCCAGACUCUCCGUCUCUCCUGCCCCAUGGCUGUGGCCCUCACUGUCACAGAGUUGCCUUGACCCUGUCUGCCACAGUGCAGAGCUCUCUGAGUGGCCAGAAGCCUACUACACCAGCUCCAGGCAGCAGCAACCUCAGGCUGUUCUGAGCUCUAGACAAGAGAAGCGAAGCUGCCUCCUGUGUUCCGUGGCCCCUGGAGGCCUCUUCAGCUUCGAGUGGUUUGCAUGGGAAGAAGAUUGACCAGAGGGGCAGGGGUGCCAGCAGAACUCCCCUGGGCCUUAGGGGAGGACACUCUUGCAGAGGCUUGAGGUCAUCUGUCAGCAAGUCCUGGACUUGGGCUGGGUGGUCAGGGGCAGAGAAGGGUUGGGGUGGCAGCACAGGAGAGCUUCUGGUCACUUAGCACUGAUGGCACAGCCUUUGAUUCUAGGACUGCCCUGUGGGGUGCUGUAAUGUCACCCACAGUUGUUAUCCCAGGCCUCAGGAAGGCAUGUCCACCAGAGUGAAUAGAAGACCGCUGAGGAGAAAACAGCUGGGAUUUUAUAAAGGCAGAAACCCCACCUGGUGACCUCAUUGACAUCUGCAAGCCUUCAUUAGCAAAUGCACUCAGGCCCCUAAGGCCAAAGGGGAGAUUUCCUAUGGGCAGUGCCCCAAGGAUGCCCUCAAACCUCAGCCAGCCCACUGGGGACCAGGCCCUAGGGUGCUGUGCCAGCUGUGGGACAGAUGCUCCUGCCCAGGAGGCUGGGGUGACUCAGCAGGACUCUAGGCCCCAGGAACCAUCCCCUCCUCAGCCCACCCUAAGAGGCACAGGUGCAUUGGGGCCAGAUUCGUCUUGGUAUGGAGGAUGGUGACAGGACUCCAGCCAGUGCCCAUUAUCCUCUCUAAUGGCUUGGCCUUGUAGCAGUGACACUGCAUCCUGACUCAUUUGCUCUGUGAGCUCAAAAAGUAAUAGAUGGUCCCAGGAGAAUUGCAGACACUUACUUAUUGCUGUUACCUCCUGAUUCUCGGGUAGCCCCUCGUCACUGUACUCCCAACAUCCAGACUGCACGGAGGUCAGCAGCUGACCUCCAGUGAGCACCCUGACACCUGGUGUCAGACUUCAGAGUCAGUCCUCACACCGCCUGGGGAAAGAGGGGCUGUGGUGCCAUGGCAGGAGGCUGGGCAGGGCUGCCUAACUGACCUGUGGCUUCCCAGGCCACCUGCCAUUUGCAUGUGCUGCUUGUCUGACUCAGGAGUGGGAUUCAAGUGGGCUACGCUGCUGAUAGAGAUGCGGGACCCAGACCAGUUAUUUAAUUGCCCCAAAUGUCCCCACUAGCUCUGGUGCUGUCCCUGUGGGUGUCUCUUGGGGAGUGGGACUUUGGGCUGGGUUUGCCUGUGGACAUGCUCCAGUGGUCAGUCACCAGGAGAGAGCUGGAAGUGGUGGUUGCUUCCGGUGGUCCCUUAGACUCCAUACCCCACCCGUCUCAGAGACCAGCCUGUGCUCUCAGGCUGCACCCAGGAGGCUACCCUGCUGAAGAACUUGGGGCUCUUGGGCCCUGCAGCUGGUGCAAGAUCUGCAGGCCUGCAGGGAGUGGCCCUUGACCUUGUGGGCUGCCAAGCUGAGAUAAAGCACACUUCUCACAGCACAAAGGACCCAGCCAUGGUGCUUUCCCCCAAAGUUGUGUUGCUUUUAUCAGUUUUCUAACUUAAUAAAAAGAG